AAAUGACAAGAACUCAUUUAAAUUCAUAUUUAGACAUAUCAUUACAUGUAAAUUGUUUAUAACUGGUAGAGCACACACUUUGUUGACUGGUAAACUUGCUGAGUCGAUCAUUUCAUGCAUGAUAAUUUUCCAAUAAAGUACCAGUGCUUAUUUUGAUAGUCAUAUAAAGCCUAGAGGGUCAUUUUCUCCUGUUUUUGAAAUGCUAACAUGUCAUUUUCAUUUUUACUGAGUAGGAAAUAAUUAUGUUAAUAGGGGAAAAAAUAUUAUGUCUAUGCUGACGGGUUUCUGUUUCAUAACUUUGAUAUACAGCCUGGUUAUUGAGCUGCCUCUGUUUCUCUAACAAGCACUGAUUAAGUAGCUUCUGUGAAUGUCUGUUUUAAAAAAUCUAAUAACUUUAAAUACUGUGGCAUAAGGCUGUAUAGAUUUAUGCCUUUAACUAGUAGUUUUGAUAUCAGAAAAUAAUUCUGCUGUCACAGUGGUCUCUCCAUUCCUUUUCUCAGGAGAAGAUACUGUCAUAUUGUAGCAAUUUGAGUCCCUUGUUUUAAGUCAACAGUUUGAAUGUUAUUACAAAGCGAGUAUCAGUAGGACAAUUUUUAAAGGUACUUUCUAGUGAUGUUGAAAUAGUUCUGAAGGAAUAAUAUUUUAGCAAAAGAUGUGUUAAUCACUUACUGUCUCUGUUAUUAAGUGGUCUGUUAUGGUGGCUGCAGUGCUUGUGAUUAAUAGCAAUAUUAGAAUUCUGCUUCCACAAGAUGGUGAUUUGUAAUAGAAAUGCUCUUAUAAAGGCUGACUGAAAGUUAUGAUCUCCUUCAAGUGCUUAGGCUCAGCUCUUCUAGUUCCUGGUAAAGCCAUGCUUUUCUCCACAAUGGCUGAUGGGUGAGUGAGACCUGGUCUCUGCUAGUUUCUUGAAAGGUUAUCUCAUGGUCCCUAGGCAUAAGCAGCUUUUUCUCCUGCUCCUGCUGAGCAUAAGUGGAUAGUGAGUUCUUCUGCACUUCUCCACUGAGUUGGAUAUUGAAAAGUUAAAACACAGGUAGAGCUAAUUACCUCUCAAUGGUGGAAGUGUAAGUUCAACUUACUAAAUUGCCUAGAAAUUCUUAGUUUCAUGCAGAAAUCAAUGUGUGACUUUAUAUAACACAUAAUUUUAGCCUUUAACUUAUGAAAGCAUUUGUGUUUUCAAUAUUAUUGAAGUAACUCAAAUUCUUACUAAUUUUACUAAAUUUCUGGAUAAAGUUUUCAGCAUUGUCUGAAUGGCUUAAUUCAGUUCAGGGCUUUUGAGUAUCUCACCUGCCAUGAAAACGGUGUUUUAUUUAUUCUAAGUUUGUGUAAUGAUACAGUUAAGAGCACUUGGAGGAUGUUGUUCUAUGGAACAUUUCUGUUAUAUUUGCAGAGCCAUUUGUGCCAAAUUGUUGUUGAAAUUCUGUCAGUCUACGUGCAGUUACUCAUAGUCCUACACUAAGGUUCAUAUCAGUGCUUUUCUAGAACUGCUUUUAACCAGCUGUAUUCAGAAUAGUAAACAUCAGGAUGUAUCAUUUGCAGCUGCUUCGUAUUUUCCUCAGUCAUUGCCCUUCGAUGCAUUUAAACAUAAUCAGAUUUGUUGAACAGAACAAAAAAUAAUGGGUCUCUCCAACACAGGAGAGGGCGGAAUAUCAUGCUACUUGGACCCUGGGUUUGGGAGCCUCAGGGAGUAAAGUAAGGGGGUUGGUACUCGUGAUGUUUCACAUACCAAAACCAACCACAGAAGCAAAGUGAAAAGAGUAGUUGAAACAUCUUAAUUUAUCACAAACUUAGUUUUUGUUUCAUUGCUUUUCCAUGCAAGCAAAUCCCUGAAAAGGUGUGUAUUGAGAUUAGCGAGAGGAUUUAUCUACAAUUAAGAAAAAAGAUAAUUGAAAACCGUUGAUAUUUUGUGUGGUGUACAUUGAACAAGAUGUGCUAUCAUGUCUCAUUAGUGAGAUUUUAGCCUUGUUCACCUAAUGACACUCUUGAAAAGCCAUGGGGCUUCAUUGCCUAGUGAGGAUGGUAUAGUCAGUGUACUCAAGGUGUGAUAGUGAUCACGAUGAUGUGGUUAUUUUAAGAUGUUCUUUUUCUACACACUUUUAGAAAGACAACUAUCUCCAGAAAUGAGAAAAAGGAGAAUAAUUGCAAACAGAUAAACCAAAAGGAGAGAUGUGUUCAGCUAAAGAGAAGAUGUUUGCAGUUGCAAGAGAAGACAUUGUUCGUCUACUGCCUAAUAAGCAGAUCAGCAGUAUCUGGGGUCUGCAGAAGUGCCAUGAAACAUUCAGUCUCUUCAAAACACCGUUUUUCUUAAAUAAAUAAUGCUGAUUCCAGGAAGAUGAUAUCAAAGCUGUCUUCCAACUUUCCUGAAGAUUUAUCAGCAAGAUGUCUGGAGUAGAAAAUGCUUUCCAUAAAUUCGCGAUAUAUGGUGACACAUCUGCCAGUGGCAACAACAUGACGGGGAAGAACUUCUCCAAGAUGUGCAAAGAGUGUGGGGUGAUGGAUGGGAAAGCCGUGACCAGCACUGACAUUGACAUCGUAUUCAACAAAGUCAAGACUAAGGGUGCCCGUACCAUCAACUUUGCUGAGUUCCAGCAGGCCAUGAAGGAGCUAUGCUGCAAGCGCUUCCAGGGCAAGUCACCAGAGGAAGCACUGCAGGCUGUGUAUAGCCUCAUCGAGGGGAAGGAGCCUGGCAGUGUGGGCACCACAAAAGCCACCAAGGUUGGUGGGGUCAAGAGGCUGACGGACACUAGCAAAUACACUGGAAGCCACAAAGAGCGUUUUGAUGAGAGUGGCAAAGGGAAGGGUCUCGCUGGCCGCCAGGAUCUGGCAGAAAACAGUGGCUACGUUGGCGCCUACAAGGGAGCUGGCACAUACGACCAGACACACUAGGAUUGAAACUCCUUAAGGAAAGAAAGACUUUUCCCCUACAACAUGGGAGGAGAGGCAAAUAAAAAUCUCAUGCAGCCUUCUGUGUCUGUGCACCCAAAAUCCGGUGGUGGGAAUGCAUGGGAUGGGUACUGGAUGACUCCAAAGAGUGGUGCAGGUUCCCCAUCUGACCACAAUUUGAUUACUCUGUUGUGGGGUUAAAUCCAAGCACAAGCUAGCCUUCUGGAGGAAAUUCUUUGGGCCAGCACAUCUACUGCCAUCACACUGCUUUGCAUUUCUAAUCAAGUGAACAGUAGGUUAGUCUCUGAAUAGUCACUCUUUAUUUUUAUUCUCCCUUCCCAACACAUUAUACUUUUUGCUCUGAUUUUUGGGUUGGGGAGCAGUGUGUUCAAGUUUUUGCGCACCUAAGAUGGGUUACAUUUGAGUUGAUGGUUUCUGGUGGCAAAGAGACCACCAGUGAUGCCUGACCACACCUUGAAGAUGCUCUUACAGGGCAUAGGAUGCAACAUGUACCAUACUGUGGAGAGUGCAGGGUACCAAUAACACCAGUUCCUGCUUUUUGCUUUCCCCUUCCCCCAGGUUAAUCCCUCUCACCCAUUCCUUGGACUUGGCAUGGUCACUCAUUACUAUUUCCCCAGGCUUCAGGAUGCUGGCAGCUAAGGAAGAGUUUGUGAGCCUGAGGAAAGCAAAUGAAGAGCUGUGGUGCAGGUGAUCAGUAAGGAGGGAAGGACUGUGUGGAGCUCAGCAGGUCCUCUCUACUUGGGAGAAUGGUUUGUGAGCUCUGCCUGCACCCAAACCCUUUCCCCUACUCCUCUCUUUUUCUCCCUGUGCCUCCCAGCCGCUUGUGUUUUGGCAGGCUAGUGGGACUAAUAUGCCCCUUGUCCAUGCUGCUGGAUCUGUGGCUGUGUGGGCAGUUUUGGGGUCCCUGGUGUGGGCACUCAUGCAGGAUACACUGCUGGACAGCAGAGGGCUGAGAGAAGCUCCUUGGGUGUGUAACUAGCUCUCAGCACACCGCAGCUGCCUUCUCUGCUGAGCGCUUUCAGUGUCCUGGAGUAAGUAUAACUGAACUUUUAGGGGUAACUGAAACAGCACCUUUGGGACAGUUUCUCCUGACAUUAUGGAGACUUAUUUAGCUGUGCUAUUCCUGUCCUACAAACCCUCAUCAUAGGCCGUGACAUGGGUGCUCAAGGCACAACACUUGCUCAGAUUAUGUUGCUCUUUGUCCCAUAGCACUCAUGAAUGUCCACCUUGCUGCCCUAACCCCAGAUAACACAGCAGUUGAGUGGAUCUAGCAAUUAAAAAAUCCCACUCAUUCACUCACUCGGUCUCUCAUGCUGUCCUUACUUACCAAUGACUUUUUAAGCUUUAAAAGUGACCAUUGUGCCCCCAGGUAACUCAUGUGUGUAAAGUGGUUUGGUGACCCUGGGAUGUGUGGCAGAAAGUCCCACAGGGAGGUGACAUGGGGCAUUGGACAUAAUCAGCAGGGUCUUGGUAGCUAGGGACUGCAGGGGUGACCUGGGAGGAGGAAGGGGUCACAGACCAGCCUGUGUUGGCCCACAGCCUGAGCACAGCUGGAGUAGAAAGAUGCCAUUAGCCAGUGCUGGAGCAAAGAAACCCCCUGAGCAGGGGCAGGCACACAGAGACAUUGGAGGAAGUAUGACUCUAGAAGGACUGUGGCUGGUGGAGAAGGCCACACCAGAGCAGUGCAAUGAGAAAAAGGACCAGCAAAAGAAGAGGAAUCACAGCAGCUGACCCCAAUCUCCUCCACUGCCCAUGCCUCCUCAAAGGCACUGAGGGUAUGGGAGACCAGGAAGGAGGCAAGAGAGC